CGAUCUAAAACACUUCUUCAUCAAAUCCUCUCUCUGCCUCUCCAAUCUCGCAAAACCAAGGACAGAUCUUUGAGGUUUUCAAGAAAACAUGGAGUCAACUGGUAAUCAUGGAGGGAUCCAGCAACUGCUUGCUGCUGAACAGGAAGCUCAGCAAAUUGUCAAUGCUGCUAGGACCGCAAAAAUGGCAAGGCUGAAGCAAGCCAAGCAAGAGGCUGAAACCGAGAUUGCUGACCACAAAACCACUACUGAGCAUUCUUUCCAGAGGAAGCUCGAAGAGACCAGUGGGGAUUCAGGUGCAAACGUGAAGAGGCUUGAGCAAGAGACUGAUGAGAAGAUCGAGCAGUUGAAGAACGAAGCUUCCAGGAUUUCCAGAGAUGUUGUGGACAUGCUUCUCAAACAUGUCACCACUGUCAACAACUAAGAUAUAUACCAUCCGUCUUAAGAUGGUCUCAAGUGUUAUUUUUGAGUGGAUUUAUUCAUCAUUCGUUUCUUUUAUGGAUUCCAUAUUUGAUUUUGAACUUCAGCCUUGAGACUUGCUGUAUUCAUCGCUAUGGAGACGUACAGAAUACAGAUCUUUUGUGUAUUGUAAUAAAUUUCAGAACAAAAGGAAACCAAUGAUUUUUUUUUUUUUU